ACUGUUACGAUUUUUUUUUGGAGUCGAGGGUGAAAGGGGCUUAGACGAAGUCUCGCUCGAUGGUUUUAAUCGGUCGUAGCGAACGCCUGUCACCGAUCUCGACCUCUUUUUUUAUUGCGGAUUGUCGCCGGCAGCUCCGCCAAAUUUUGAGUUUUUUUUGCCUCUACGAAGUAGUACUGGCGGGGACGGAGACGGCCAAGCGAGAGGUGGGGGUGCAAAGUGAGAGAGAGUGAGAGUUGGUGCCGUGAAGAGGUGAUUUGAGUUUGGCGAGGUUUGACCUGAUGGUUUCCUUUCUUUUUUGAGAGUACUCAGUUCCAUAGAUUGAUAGUGAGGCGUAUCCCUUGUAUAAGGGUCCACGCCAGGGGCGAAGUUUCGGAGCCGUACAGAGGCGACGUAGAGGGCAGCGAAACGAGGGAAAUUUGCUGGGCGUAGCGCCAGCUAGGAGACCCGGAGUUUUUGGAUGAUCGCGACGUCGAAGACGCGGACCUGGUGAGUUGAACAUCGGGGGAUCCAGGCCGCGGCAGGACUUGGUCAGCGCGUCGCCGUCGUCCUGUGGGAAGACUCCUGUUUUUUUGAGCUACGAGUAAAAGAACACGCCUUAUCGCGAUCGGAAAUUUUCUUAUCGUUUGUCGCCAGACCCAACCGUUUUUUUUGCGUCUCUCUCUUUCACUCUUUACAUGCUUUUCAACGUUUUUUCAAAUUUUCACGUACCCGCAUAAAUUUGAUGGCGCCCAAUUUUUUUAUUUGUGAAAUAGUCAGCAUUUCCUGUAACUAGCUAGUAGACCGUUGUUGCGUAGUAGUUCGUCAGUUCAUUUGUUGUGGUAAUUCGUUACUGACAUUAGUUGUAGUUUUGUUACCUUUUACUAACCUAGAUAAUAUUUUUUUUUGUACUAAAAGCCCUAAAUAUUUUAAUUAUUAUACAGCUCGCCAAAAUAAUUAGCCUUUCAUUCUGAAUUAAAAUCUCGGAUCCACCUACCGGCUCUCCCGGAAGUGAGCACGGGCAAGUGUAUCUUCCCUCGCUUUUAUAGCAGAGACGACGUUUUAAGGUAACACAAUUGGCGCUCAAACGUGGGGCGUUCUUAAAAUUAUUUUGGCUAGCUGGUGCGUUUUCGCGAAUUGAAAGAGAGAGCAAACUAUUGUUUGGCGAUGGAAGCAUUAGGAAUUAUUGUAGAUUAUCUGUCAGACUACGAGGUAGAAUAUGAGUUGCUUAUUAGGCGUGUUAGGACUAGUAGGCCCGUGAAGGAAAAGCGGCGACUCUUAGAGCACGAGUUCCUCAAAGAAAAAAGUACUCCUCUUAAUAUCUGUGUGGAGAGUUUAGAUUUUGAAACUGAUCGGGGCGAAAUUGAGACCACUUUGGAGUCAGUAACGACAUUGAUUUUGGAAUUUGAGUCAGGAUCCAUCACCGACUCUCUUUGUCGGCGGAUUGCGUCGCGAUUGAACCAUGUUCGUGGUCGUAUUAUGCGGAUGCCUACUUCGGAGACAGACCUAGAUACUACAAGGGGGGUGCGAGACGAGUUGUAUGCGACAUGUUUGACUUUGGAGGCGGAUUUGCGAGAUCGCAUCGUCACUUCGCCCGGUUACAGUCCUUUAUCUCUGCUUUGGGUUCCUAGCUCUCCUGGUUCUUCAAAGGAAAGCACAUCGAAGGUAGUUCCGGUCUGCAAAUGGGGCCUUACUUUUUCAGGGGAAGCUUCCGAUGAUUUGUGUGCGUUUCUUGAACGAGUUAAAGAAUUAGCGGUUGCCAGGAACGUGUCUUCCCGUGAUUUAUUUCGUGAUGCUGUAGAUCUCUUUUCUGGUAAUGCUCUUAUAUGGUACCGCUCUGUGCGUGAUCGACUUUCGGACUGGAAUUCCUUAGAAAAAUCUCUCAAGAAAGACUUUCUACCUAGCGACUAUGACGAUGUGUUGUGGGCCCAGAUUAGACAGCGGUUUCAGAGAAACGAUGAACAGGUCGUUAUUUAUUUCGCGUUAAUGGAAUCCUACUUCGGUAGGUUGUCUGAGACCCCUCCUGAGGAAGUGAAAGUUCGGUGGCUACGACGUUUGAUCCGGCCCGAGUACGUCACUCCGUUGGCGCUACACGAUGUCGGGACGGUACAACAACUUCGUGACCUGUGUAAGAAGCUGGAAUCAUCCUCUCUUUCCCACCCCGUGUCGAGACAGAUAUCGAAAACCCCAAUUUCUUCUGUAAGACCAGGGUUAUCACUGGUGGAUGCAGUAGGUCCUUCAGCGUCGCCUGAGAGUACGUCGUCAACUAGAGAGGAGUUAGAUAAACCGAAGAAUGAGGGCAAACAUCGUUUCCGGAAAGCAGGUAGGCCUGCGAAAGUCAGUUCCCAGACUGAAGAACGAGUGAGGUGUUAUAAUUGCGGGGAACUUAAUCAUUUCCAUGCGUAUUGCACCCAGGAGCGUACGCGUUUUUGUUACAAGUGCGGGACUAAAGGUGUUAUCACUGCGGACUGCACUAAUUGUCAGCCAAAAAACUAGGUAGGGGCGCC